GCUUGCCCCUUAGUUUGUGAACUCUACUCACUCAACAAAUAAGGAAGAGAGCUUGAGCUGCAAAUCUUUAUCUUAUACACAAACAUCCCUGAUUUUUCCUAUACUUGCCAACCCAUGGCGCUUCUUGUCGAGAAGACUACCUCCGGCCGCGAGUACAAGGUCAAGGACAUGUCCCAGGCGGAUUUCGGCCGUCUUGAGAUCGAGCUCGCUGAGGUCGAAAUGCCGGGACUCAUGUCCUGCAGGACCGAGUUCGGGGCCUCCCAACCCUUCAAAGGCGCCAAGAUCACUGGCAGCCUUCACAUGACCAUUCAGACCGCUGUCUUGAUCGAAACCUUAACCGCCUUGGGCGCUGAGGUAAGAUGGUGUUCUUGCAACAUUUUCUCCACACAAGACCAUGCCGCUGCUGCUAUUGCUCGCGACAGCGCCGCAGUUUUCGCGUGGAAGGGUGAGACAUUGCAGGAGUAUUGGUGGUGCACUGAGCGGGCCCUCGAUUGGGGCCCCGACGGUGGGCCCGAUUUGAUUGUGGACGACGGUGGUGAUGCUACUUUGUUGAUCCAUGAGGGUGUGAAAGCUGAGGAGGAGUACGCCAAGUCCGGCAAGAUGCCCGACCCCACUUCCACGGACAAUGCUGAAUUCCAGAUUGUACUGACUAUAAUUAGAGAUGGGUUGAAGGUUGAUCCUAAGAAGUACACAAAGAUGAAGGAAAGAUUGGUUGGUGUUUCUGAGGAAACUACCACUGGUGUCAAGAGGUUGUACCAGAUGCAGGCUAAUGGCUCCCUGCUUUUCCCUGCAAUUAAUGUCAACGAUUCUGUCACCAAGAGCAAGUUUGAUAACUUGUAUGGGUGCCGCCACUCUCUGCCCGACGGACUGAUGAGGGCCACUGAUGUGAUGAUUGCUGGAAAGGUUGGUGUUGUUUGCGGUUAUGGUGAUGUUGGGAAGGGCUGUGCCGCUGCCUUGAAACAAGCAGGUGCCCGUGUGAUUGUGACUGAGAUUGAUCCUAUCUGCGCCCUUCAAGCCCUCAUGGAAGGCUACCAAGUCCUCACCCUCGAGGAUGUCCUCUCCGAAGCUGAUAUCUUUGUCACCACCACUGGUAACAAGGACAUCAUCAUGGUUGGCCACAUGAGGAAGAUGAAGAAUAACGCCAUCAUCUGCAAUAUUGGUCACUUUGACAACGAAAUCGACAUGCACGGUCUUGAGACCUACCCCGGUGUGAAGAGAAUCACCAUCAAGCCUCAAACCGACAGAUGGGUGUUCCCAGACACAAAAACCGGCAUCAUUGUCUUGGCCGAGGGUCGUUUGAUGAACUUGGGCUGUGCCACUGGCCACCCCAGUUUCGUCAUGUCGUGCUCAUUCACCAACCAAGUUAUUGCCCAACUUGAGCUCUGGAAUGAGAGGAAGUCGGGAAAAUAUGAGAAGAAGGUCUAUGUGUUGCCUAAGCACCUUGAUGAGAAGGUUGCCGCCCUCCACCUCGGCAAACUUGGUGCUAGGCUCACUAAGCUCUCCAAGGACCAGGCGGACUACAUUAGCGUCCCGAUUGAGGGUCCUUACAAGCCUCCUCACUACAGGUACUAAGGAGAAGCCAACAUAAAACUAGGAAAACAAUUUACUUUUAACAGCAUUAUUGUUUCUUCUGAAUUACCUUAGGUAUUCUUUAGGGUUCAGCAUUUUGAUGAGGACUAAGAAUAAAUUGAAGAGGGGAUUUGAGUAGUCAUCACAUUUUUAUUUUUGUGUAUCAUAUUUGAGAGUAUAUGAAAAAAGUGUAGUUGCUGCGGCAAAUGUAUUGCUUUGGGCUUCAUUAUAUUCUAUAAAGUGAUAUUGCAUUCAAUUACAAUUCCAA